ACAGAUUUUGCCAACAAGAAACACAAGCAUCUGUAGAUCAUUUUGGUGCAGCUACUGCGCAGUAUUUAAUGGCCAUUUAAUUGUAGUUUUCGAAUUUGUUUUAUUUGUCAAAAGUCUGGAUUCGAUGAAAUGUCCGUAGUAAAAUAAUCGAUCAUAGGUGGGGAUCGGAAAUAGCAUGUGCUGAGGUGUAAACUGGAUUAAUUUUCAUCACUUCCACCUUGGAAGUUUGACUUUGGACUACGUAUCAGCCCAUUGUUUGCGGGAAGACGCGUCAGCUGCUUUCGUCACAUUAAAGUUUUCCAUGAAGCAAACUAGUGGUUCCACUUUGCGAAAACGAAGUGUGCGUGGAGGUUGGACGAUUGGAUCUCUGAUGGGUUUCUGAGUCGCUGUUUAUCCCUCAAUUUGCAUUAUCUCAAAUUUACUGUGGUUGUGACAGAUUGUCAUCACAGUUGUCACUGACGUUUUUGCGUCUUCUGCAGCUAUGAUUCCGAAGACGUGUUGCCUUGAUUAUAAUCUUUGAUCUGUACAUGUGCGGAUGGAUUACAAUCAUUUUACAAAGCAGUCUUCUUCUGAGAGAUGAGCUAAUUCUUACAAAGUGCCUCGAAAUUCCUAUUUGUCAUCGACACAAUGAAGGCUGUUAAUUUUCUCGCUGUCGUCAUCCUUUCCUUCAUGAUCUCUGCGUUAACGCUGGCCAGUGUGCGGGAAGUGAUGCUGGUGUCGGACCCUGCAGGACGGUCCGUUCCAGCUGGAUAUAAUAUUCUGUUGGUGUCCACACUGGAUGGUCUGCUGCAUGCCGUUGAUCGGCACGAAGGCAAGACACUGUGGACGGUGCGGGAGCCCCCGCGACUGCAAGUCUCAUCAGCGCAGAUCGGCGAUAAAGUCUUCGUUACGGAUCCUACCGACGGUGGACUGUACGUUAUUGACGCGGCGAAAAAUAUUCAGAAGUUUCCAAAGAGUAUUCCCGAACUGGUGGGAGAGUCGCCGCAAAAAACAUCUGACGGGAUUCUUAUCACAGGAAAAAAGACUGCUACCUGGAUGGCUAUUGAUCCGAAAAGUGGGUUACGGUAUGAUUACCAGCCUGAAUCGCUUUCCACCUGCCCGCUUCCGUCGGACGCGACGGUUUUUAUACCCCGCACCGAGUAUGUACUUACUCUGCUGGAUAGUGGACGACAGCAUAUCUGGAAUGUUACCUAUACGCACUACGGUCCAUCGAUUUCCACAUCUCCUGAGGUUAACACCGAUGUGAUUCUCUCCUCUUCGAAUUCGGGUGAUUUAAUUAAACUGAGCACCGACCGGAAAGCCGUAUCCUGGAAUUCAAAGUACAACAGUCCCGUUGUGGCCAUUUACAGUCUGAACGCUGACGGUACAAUCCACCAAAUUUCGCACCACGUCGUCGUUCCCCCCAUAAUGCAGAGCUUCCUCAAAGAUGGCGUUGACAAAGCCGUUACUCUGAAAUAUUUUGUCCCGGAAUUAUUGAAGAGGCGUACACAGCUGGCCGUGGUUCCUAAUUCUUUGGACCGGAUGCUCUUCAUCGGACAGCAUGGUUCCAGUACUGUUUAUUGCAUGCCGGCAUUGUUCGAUCGAAAAAUGUCAAAAGCACAGGAGGCAAAACCAUUUUUGGAAACCGUCAGUGAGAUGAUUCGGCAGCAGGAAAAAGAAGUGCUGCCAAUUGUUUCGGAGAUGCCGGUCGACGCAAUCGAAAAUGAAACAAAUGACCACGCUGUAAUCACGACAGCAGUUUCCAUAAAACCGGAGCCGCAGUGCAUUGCCACAGUUGUUGAUGAAAACACCAUUUUCCAGCCUUCAUGCUUGAAUACUCAACCCAUUAACUCGGCGCCGAUUCCGGUAAUGAUAUCUCCUAAUUUUGUCGGCUUCCAUCCAUUUCCCUUCGUAAAAUCGAGGGAUGACCCCGAGAUGUUCCAAGGUCUUCCGGCACUGCCUCCUGUCGUUCCUGUUCCAUCCUCCCCUUUGUUGCCAUCGCUUUUGCACACAGAUUUGGCGGUGUACGCAUUGAUAUCCAUUGUAUUGGUUUCGCUCAGUGUGGGAGUUGCCGGUGUUGUAUUUGUAUGGAAAUCGCGAGCGAAUAUGGCAGUUACCACUAGCAGUACAGGGAGCGUCGGGAGUACAGGCUCUCAGGAUCGAGUACUGCGCUUUCUGGGCGAACAUGAUUUUGUUGUGGGAAAGAUCCAUUUCGAUCCGACGCAGUUGUUGGGACGGGGAUGCGAUGGAACUUGCGUCUUCAAGGGACAGUUUGAUGGCCGUGAUGUGGCCGUCAAGCGCUUGCUUCCCGACUGCUUCUCCUUUGCCGACCGGGAAGUGGCGCUGCUAAAAGAAUCCGAUUUUCAUCCGAAUGUCAUUCGGUAUUUCGCUACUGAAUCCGACUCGCAAUUCCGCUACAUUGCGUUGGAACUGUGCCAAGCGACACUGACGGAUUACGUACAGGAGAGACAGACUCGGUUUCCACAUCUGAUGCCCCGCAGUAUUUUGAAGCAGACGAUGGAGGGACUGUCUCAUCUCCACAAACUUAACAUUGUGCAUCGUGAUAUUAAACCUCACAAUAUCCUUCUAAGUUACCCAAGCCUGGAUGGUCAUGUGCGCGUGCUUAUCAGCGAUUUCGGACUGUGUAAAAAGAUAUCACAGGAACGGAUGUCAUUUACAAAAAUCAAUUCCGGCACGCUAGGUACACAGGGAUGGAUCGCUCCGGAAAUGCUGGGACAGGCGCAGCGUGUUAACCGGAAUGUGGAUAUUUUUUCAGCGGGUUGUGUAUUCUAUUACUGCUUGACCGAAGGACACCAUCCCUUCGGCGAAAAUGGGUUUGCUAGACAGGGAAACAUUGUCGAAGGAAAAUGGACAAUGCAGCAUUUGAGUGAAGCGGAACAAGAUGGAAUUAUUGCCCGACAUAUAAUCAGUCAAAUGAUUCAUGCGCAGGCAGAUAAGCGUCCAUCGGCAGACUGUGUUCUUUUACAUCCUUUCUUCUGGGAUCACGGCAGACAUCUUUCCUUUUUACAGGAUGUGUCAGACCGUAUUGAGAAGGAAGAAACCACCAGUCCCGUUGUCCACAAUCUCGAGAAAAACGCCGGUGCGGUUGUACGAUGGAACUGGCGUCAACAUAUUGGAAUGGAGCUGCAAGACGAUCUGAAAAAACACCGCACUUAUCGUGGGGGUUCCGUACGGGAUCUUCUGCGCGCCAUCCGCAAUAAAAAACAUCAUUACCGCGAAUUGUCAGAACCGUUGCGUCAGUCAUUAGGAGAGAUUCCUGACGGGUUUGUUGAGUAUUUCAUCUCGCGAUUCCCGCGACUCCUUCUGCACACGUAUUUAGCGGUGCAGAUUUGUAAGGAGGAAGCCCAAUUGCAGGGUUACUAUUCUGGACGUAUGUGUUGGACCGGGAUGGAUUACCCUAGUGAUCGGCCGUGGAGGAAAAUGGAAAGCAAUGGUGAUGCCAUUACACAACCGGCGGAGAUCGUGAUCACUAGAAAUUUUAAUAACGGAUUGCAGCCAAAUGGUGAAGGAGAAUAACUCAUGGUUGCCGAUUAUUAUCAUUCCGGUGCGAAGGAUUUGUUAUGUAUUCCCAGCGCUGUUGAAAUAAGCAAUGGAGUUUGAGGAGCACUUAAGGGCAGAUAAAUAAAGUAGAAAGUUGUCAGGUUUUAUAGUAUCUCAGGUCAUUUCGUCUCGGGAAAGGAUAUCCGCAAGGACGUGCGUUUCCGUCCAUAUACUGUCCGCAACGCUGCCUGUUGUUUUUGGUGCACAAAUGGAGACGAAGCUUUGUACAUAAUGCUUUUAACUG